CCUUCUUUUGAAGAUCUCACAACCAGACGUAUCUCUAUAACAAGUAUUUAAUACUUAAUACUUAAUUAAUACUCAUAUAUAUCCCCCAAAUACAGUGGUUGAUCAGAUCAAAUCAAAUCCUGCAGGUGGGCUUAAUCCAAGAUAUUAGCAUAUAUCAUCUUAUUAUAUUAAUUAUGUUCUCUUUCCAGCAAAGUGAUCAUCAUCAUGAGUUGGUAUUUCAUCAGAUUCCUGCUUCAAUCUGCUUCCAACAACAAGCAAGAACUCAACAAGAUCUUGUAGUAGAGCUUCAUGAUCAUGUUACCAUGGACGACAGUACUAAUGAUCCGGUCAACAAAGCCAGGAAACUGCACGGAGACCAGUCACCUUCAUCUAAACCUAAUUCAGCUACUACUGAAGACGAACACACGCAGCGAAAACUGGCUCAUCGAGAGAUCGAACGACAACGUAGGCAAGAUAUGUCUAAGCUUUAUGCUUCACUUAGAGAUCUACUUCCCCUUGAACUCAUCAAGGGAAAGCGAUCUACCUCGGAUCAUAUGCAUCAGGCGGUGAACUACAUCAAACGCAUGGAAGAAAAUAUUAAGGUUCUAAGUGCCAAAAGAGACAAGCUCAAGAAACUAGUGGAGACAAGUACUGAUUCUCGUACUGGGACAAACACUAAUGAAAAAAGUUUAAGGAAUGUGUUUCCUAAUACAGUCUCAGUCAGUUCCUGUAAUGGGGGAAUUCGGAUUGUGAUCAAUAGUUGUUCAAUAGAAGAUGGUUUCCCUCUUUCAAGAGUUCUAAAGGCUAUUUCAGAAGAUCUUAAUGUCAUAACCUGCACUUUUACUAAAGAAAACCAUAGGUUGAUUCACUCUAUCCAAACUGAGGCGAAUGAUGCGAUGUCAACUGAUAACUCCGUGUUACAACAAAGAUUAGUCUCGAUAGCAAAUAACUACUGAAUUCAAGAAAAGUGUAGAACUAAUCAAGGUAAAUUUAAUAGCUUGUGUGAGCUCAUUGUGGAGUUGUUUGCGACCACCUAUUUGAAUUUAUGUUCAAAGUUCAAACAAAGAUCUUUAUGUGUUUUAAUUCUCUAUGUAAUAUGUAACUGGAAGUAAUUAAGACUUGUGACAUGCAUUGCAUGUUACAGUUAAUAUGCUGUUAUUA